UUUGACCUCGGGGCGCUGAUCCAGGAGGCUGGCCACGGCCAGGCCCCUCUCCGACGGAUGGCCCUGCUGCCCGGUGACGCGCGUGGGCUGCAGAGUCCCGAAGGUUCGCCAUGGAGCGCCCGGUGAGUGUGAAGGCUUGGGUGCAAGAGAACCGGGCCUCCUUCCAGCCCCCCGUCUGCAACAAGCUCAUGCACCAGGGACAGCUCAAAAUCAUGUUCGUUGGAGGUCCAAACACCAGGAAGGAUUAUCACAUCGAGGAGGGUGAGGAGGUGUUUUAUCAGCUAGAAGGAGACAUGUUGCUCCGAGUCCUGGAGCGAGGUGAACACCGGGAUGUGGUCAUUCAUCAGGGAGAGAUAUUCCUCCUGCCUGCCAGGGUGCCUCAUUCCCCGCAGAGGUUUGCCAACACCAUGGGGCUGGUGAUCGAGCGGAAGCGACUGGAAACUGAGCUAGAUGGGCUGCGGUACUAUGUGGGGGAUACCGUGGAUGUCCUGUUUGAGAAGUGGUUCUACUGCAAGGACCUUGGCACGCAGUUGGCCCCCAUCAUCCAAGAGUUCUUCCACUCGGAGCAGUACCGAACGGGAAAACCCAACCCUGACCAGCUGCUUAAGGAGCCACCGUUCCCGCUGAGCACGCGCUCCAUCAUGGAACCCAUGUCUCUGAAGGCCUGGCUGGCUGGCCACCAUGAGGAGCUACAGGCAGGCACAUCCCUCAGCCUGUUUGGGGACACCUACGAGAGUCAGGUCAUCGCUCACGGACAAGGCAGCAGCGAAGGCCAGGGACAGGACGUGGACGUGUGGCUUUGGCAGCUGGAGGGCUCCUCUGUGGUGACAAUGCAGGGACAGAGUCUGAGCCUGACUCCCGAUGACAGCCUCCUGGUACCAGCGGGGACCUCGUAUGUGUGGCAGAGAAGACAAGGCUCUGUGGCCCUGUCUGUGACCCAGGACCCUGCCUGCAAGAAGCCUCUGGGGUGAACCCCUCCCUGCCGUGGGCCCAAAGCAGCCCCGGGGGAGUCUGAGUGCCAUCCUGGGUGCCACCCUUGCCAAACAGUUCCCCUCGCCCCGCUGCAUGUCCAUCUAUAGCCCCAAGCACCUCGGUAUAGUCCACAUCAGGCCCUGGACAUCACUGGCAUCCGUUCUCCUACCAUCUUCAGGCCGAGAUGCCUGACUCCUGGGGUGCCAAUGGCUCUCCUCUCUCUUAAGUGCUAUAGGCACCGUGGGUUAACCAAAUACGAUAUUAUGCUCACCCAUGCCACCAUUGUUCCCAUGGGCCCACCUGUCUGCCACCAAGGAGGCGCUCAAUAAAGGCGCCCUGGUGAACAGCUGUGGGCUAUGAGUGGCAGGC